AUCACUUCCGCUAACACUUCCGUGUUUACUACAUUGCUGGUUCACUCUGUUGAAGAGCGUCUAAGAUUUUCCUUCACUGACAUCUUCACGCGUUCUUGACGGUAUGAACACUUUAAUUUCUUUCUGAUGAGAGUGUAAUUAGCACUCAAUCCUUAACUGAACUUUUAUGUAAUUAAUGAUGUAAAUGCAGCUGCUGAAAUGUCUUGAAACCGUGCGGAAAUGUCCUCUUGACAAAGCGGGGUCUAUGCAAAAUUCAGCUGAUUCUCGAAUUAUUGACGAUCAGAGCAUCUUGCAUUUUCCCGUCGGGGUUUCCAGAAGUGAAAAUAUUCUCGAAUCACGAACUUGUCAAUGAACUUUUUUCUAAGGUUGACUGAUAAAUAAGCCUUCAUUCAGGUCACAGCCUGCCCAAGCGAGUUAUUGGGCCUGAUCAGCCGAAGGAAAACGCACUCUAGAGAGUGAAAACGCGGAACAUUUGUCACAUAAACUCUGUUCCGAUCAAAGCUACUAAGGCUCUGCAGUUAUCUUUCUAUCCUCACUUGUUGGAUUUUUCGUGUUGUUUGUUGGAGCCAGUGUAUUUAAUUUCUGGACUCAGUCAGACUGGGAUGUGGUCUGCGCCUGUGUCUUGGAGUCGCGCAACCAUAAGCUGCCUAGACCAUCACCGUUGCAUUGACUGUCCUGAUCAUGUUUCCCACAGCUUAAGAUUUCAAGUUUUUAAAUAAAAAUGCAACAGUUGUACUAAUCAAUACGCUAAAACCGAAUUUUCUCAAGGUUGAGUAAGUGUUUUGUUUCUUUUAUGAGGCUACCAGAGGAUUCAUUCCGCCACUGGCUCGCGAAUCGUCGGUGACAGGUUAUACUUUAGAUACAUUUCCUAGGAAGGUUUUGCGUACAGAUAGGAAAGAGCUCCUUCCUUUAAUUCAUUUCAAUGAUUCCUAUGAUUUCCAUCUCUCCCCCGACAUAUAUAUACAACCCCGCCGAUACAAAUUCGAAGUAAACGGAAUAAUUUCAACUAAAUUAUCUGUUGAUCGAUCGAUCGAUCGAUUGACUGAUUGAUAGUGAUUGAUUAAUAAUGCGAUUUUAUGAAUCAAGAGGACUGAUGUGAUCUUCAGUUUAGCAUUAAACACGGUGACGUGAAAAAUAAUAAAUCACAAUUAUUGAAUGUCGUGAUAACAAUUUAUGCAGAAAUGAUGCGUUUACAAGAGUAAUCUGGCAUUAAAGUUCAUCAUUCUGGACUGAUCUCUGCAGUCGCUCCUCAGACGUCAAUUCGCGGGGAAUCCAGCGGCGCCAUCAGCUGUUUUAUCGUACAGCAUAACAGACGGUGUCCACCUCGCUGUGAAAUACGCAAAAAAAAGAGAGACAAAAAAUUGUCUUAAUGUUAAUAGAACAUCAUUGCUGAUUGUGCCUGCCUGUAGUGUUUUGUCAUAGCAGUUCGCGCAAAUCUUUUUUAAAAAGGAAUUUAUUUAAAAGGCACUAUCCGGUCACAGUCAAUGAAAUUACGGCUAAUUCUCAGAAUUAAUUAUUAAGACCAAGAAAAUAAAUAAAAGCAGAGUUUAGCGUCCAUGUACACACAUACUCCUGUGGCACAUGUACAACUGAAAUACAGAAAAAAAUUUCCAAUUUCGAAAAAAAGCAUUUUUUUGUCAUUAAAUCGGGAUGACCGAUACAUUUUUCGCACUAUUUUGGUGUCUUUCUGUUAACAUUUCCUUAUCCUUUUAUUAUUCCAUAAUUCUGAAGGGGUCAAUGGCCUUUUUUUCCGGUAAGCACUGUACCUUACCGACAACACUAGAGAUGAGUGAAAUAAACAACCAACUACUGCAUUUUCCUACGUAUUACAUGUGGAGUAAUGUGCUGAAAAUGUCCUGCGGAAAAAAUUUUCUAGAGGAGCAUGCCUUCAGACUCCUUAAGAUUGGGCUGUGUUCGGCGCAACAACUUUUCUUCCCCGCGUACGUACACCUUCAAAGUCUCACGUUACGCCCCUGAUUCAUACCACCAACUGAAGAUGCACAACUCUCUUUGAAACUAAAGAUGACUUCAGCACAGGUUGUCACUUCACUCAGCCUGACAAUUAUAUCAUCAGAUGGCAAACAUUUUUACUGAAUGAUAAAAUUUUGAUUUCACUUUUUUAACUAAAACUGAACAACAAAUUAUCUCUAUUUUUCAGAUUGUAGUUGAUCAAAUCGCGUCGGAAAAUGGCAGCAUUUAUCGGAGAAAGGGUCGGAAUAAGAGAUAUUACACGAGACGCUUCGAUACCACAGAAUCCAAAAGCCAAAUUGAUGUACUACCUCAACUGUGUGGCCACGGUUAUUCAGCUAGACGAUCCUGCUUUGAGCAGGUUAAAGAACUACCAGAGUUACUAUUCGCUGAGCGAGGAAGAAACCGACGCUCUGUUGGCAUUCGUAAUUCUCCUCAGCCCAGAUGAGCUGAUAGGCAAGGUGUUUUUCCCGAGUGAAGACUGUGGGAGAUAUACUAACAAAUUCUUGGAGCUGAGUGCAGUGUCGCAUAUGCUGGCAGUUGCAAAUAACAUCGUCAUUGGAGGAGAAAGGAAGAGAGUUGGCAAAAUAAUGUUCUUUCAGAGAUCGUGGAUGGAAACCUACUACCUUACACCCAUCAGAUCCUUCCAAGAUCGACUGCAAAGGAUGGCGCGAGGGCUGCCGGGAAGAGCACCCACACCGCGUAGAGCACUACCUCCGUCCAGGCCCCGCGCUACCUCUUCAAGCAGUUCUUGCAGUAUUUUGUAACUUUUUAAGAGAAGUUUCGUGUUUUUGGAAGUAUUCACCGCUGAACUAGUUUAGACGAUGUGCGUUUAGUGACUCAAAGUAGAUCAAGUCUCGCUAUCAUAAUUCACAUCUAAGUUCAUUGUGAACAUAAUGCCUCAUAAUCCAAACGAAACACCACUCUUCUUGUCAGUGCAGUACUUAGGGUUAGCUAGAUGGAAGGAAACCUUUACGCGUAAAUUCGAUCAAAAAAGAGAAGCUUCAUUUUUUAAAACAUAUUUUUAUAUGGCUUUUACUAUAGAAUGGGUACCAUAAAAUAGAAGAAGAAUACCCACUUAAAGAGAAAUUGCUUUAGCUAGAAUAAAAGACCAAUUUUAUCACUUUUACGAAAUCGUCAUUAACUGGUGAAUUUAGCUUGAGUUCUUGUUGACGUCACAAUAAUUCAUAAUGAUCUAGCUCUUAGCGAUGAAAUGUUGAAUAAUGAACAAAAAGGUAGAAGUUCUUGGCCACUUGUUUCAUUGCAAGCGCAUUAAACAUAGGGCUGUGUUGUCCUUUAAAGUGUGCGGUAAAUCUGUAAAAUAUGGAUGAAGUUUUUGAAUAACAACAGGAAUUAGAUGUCUGGACCAGGAAGUGUUUUUUUAUCUGCGGAAGUCCACAAGUAGUGAUCUGGGUUAAAUUUAAUAACACUUUAACAACUG